UCCGCCAGAGAGGCCGACGCGAACGCGCCGGCGGUACAUUUUGGGUUCCUCGUCGGCACGGACGAGUUUUCGAACAAGAAGAAAGAAAUGAUGGGCAAGGUGGUCAUACGGUGGGUUCCCGGCGUGUCGACGACGCCGAUGUCGCUGAUGAGGUAUUGGAACCGUGGCGAGGACGCGUUCCGCCAGAUCACGGGCGUCAUGGCUGUGAAGGACAAGAACUUUCUGCGGGAUUACCUGCAGCGUUGCAAGGACCACAACCUCAACGCCGUCGUGUGCUUCACGACGGAGCUUCGCAAGAGCAAGUGCAAAUGGUCAGGCGAGGAGACCAAAGAGUGGUGCGCAAGGGACAUCUACCCGACCAAGUGA